CCCAGCAUUCAGCAUUCUUAAGUAGUGGAAUAUAUAUAUAUAUUUGUCAGGGUGUGGACGUUUUAAUUUUAAAGCAUAUUUUUGGCUCUCUUGUCCUACCUGCCGGUGUCAGCUAAAUAACCUUUGUGCGCGCCUCCCGGUAUUGUGACAGCCCCCAGACAAUUUUCACGAUGUCGCCAGCUCCCGCAAAGUUUGUACCGAGGUCCGAAAGCGUGCAUACAACGAAAUGAAACAACAUCUCGGCCUUUCUAAGAUCGGUGAUCCUUCUCUGGUCGCAGCAAACAGUAACAGCGAAGCCGAUGCCCUCUUCGGAGGCCUGUUCCCCAACUCUGCCUUCCAAGCGCUGCCCACGUCGCUGGAGAGCGAGGAGUACAACAUGGAGCACACGCGCAGGGGAAAGUGCGUCAUCUUCAACAACAGGACCUUCGACUUGCACACGAAGCUGAGCAAGAGGAGGGGCACCGACCGCGACGCUGAGAACCUCGACUUCCGCUUCAGUGCUCUGGGGUUUGACACCGUCACACACAAGGACUUCAGUGUCAGGCAGAUGCUGCUUGAACUGGACAGACUGGGGAACGAGGACCACAGCCACAGGGACUGCUUCGUCUGCUGCAUCCUGAGCCACGGCGACGAGGACAACAUCUUCGGGACGGACGGCAAGUUCCCCGUGGACAGGGUGUUUCAACCGUUUCGGGGAGACGUGUGCCCCAGCCUUGUGGGGAAGCCCAAGCUUUUCUUCAUACAGGCUUGCCGCGGCGACCUCCUGGACGACGGCGUUCCCGUAGUGGUGGACAGCGUAGACGCGCCCACCCGGGUCGUCCGAGUCCCAACCGACGCCGACUUCCUGAUUUGCUUCUCCACAGUGCCGGGCUUCUACGCGUGGCGUAACACCACCCAGGGCUCAUGGUUCGUCCAGUCGCUGUGCAGGGUGCUCCAGCAGCGGGCAUGGAACACGGACCUCCUCACCAUGAUGACGGUGGUCUGCCGCCACGUGGCGCUCUACUACGAGUCCUCAGUGCCGGGGGACACCGUCAUGGACCGCAAGAAGCAAGUUCCUUCCUUCGUGUCCACCCUCACUCGCCUCGUUUACUUCCGUCAGCAGUCUUGAAAGGGCGGCUUUGCCGUGUCGACUGCCCUACUCUGUUUCCGCGCAACUUGGUAAGGGGCAAAAGCUACGGCUCCUGCGAGUCAAUCACGGCGACGGAACGAAGUACGUGGCAGCCCUCCACUGAGGGGGUGCGCAUCGACAGCGCUUCCUACUGCCCGAUUGUCUCGCCAGGGCAGCAGCUUCUUCCCUUUGCGGAGUUGUGCCAGAACGAAGCGUCUGGACCUCCGUUAUUUUUAGAAACUUCGAAGCGUGUAAUUUACGACGACCCAACUGAUCCUCUUCGACCUUGACUGUAGAAAAGUGAGCGUCCUUUUGAAAAGGGCCUCUUGGGUAUUUGAGUCCUACUGCUCAGUAAGACGGCUCUUCCAUUUUCUUUUUAAAAUUUUAGGAUGCUGAAUCACUUCUUUUUUUCACAAGAAGCGGGAUUGCGACCUCGUUUUCGAUUGGUUCAUGUGACCUUGCAUUACUGCUGUCUUUAGAUUUCUCGUCAAGCUCACUUUGGGACCCGGGAGCUGGUGUACCAAGGGCUGGGAGAAAAUCUGGAGCAUCUUGAUUUUACCGUAUUUACUCGAGUAAUAGCCGCACUGUUUAUGAAAAAAACCUGAGGUUUCACCUUUCCGCGAGACAUGCGGCUUGCCAAUCACCGCGAUCGGCAGCAUGAUUCCAGCGGUUUACAAGACAGAGAGAACGUCUUCGCGCGAAGAUACUAUCUGUGAAGUU